AUGCAGAUCGCGGACAAGAAGCAAGGUGAGAAACCAGGGUAUUUCUGACGUGUAAUUUCGUAUGAAAGCGGGUAUUUGCGAUGACUGCGACUGUGGAAACAUAUUGACUGACGUCCUCUUUCAGGCCCAGCUGGCAAGGACGGUAACACAAGCUGGCACAAACAGCUGACUCAAAGGUAUAUGCUGGACAAAAUACUUUUGAGGGGAUCGUUCUGGUAGUUCCAGCCUUUCAUCAAAACUGUCAUUGACAGGGGUUCUCCGCCCAUUCGUUGAUGUUUAUCCUUAGUUUACAAAAAUACAAAUUUAAACAUUGCUGGCUUUAAUUUUUCUUGUGCUUAAUUUCACCUAUUGCUUCCCACCUUAAAAAGCUCUUUUAUUUUGCCUUAGUUUGAAUGAAGUUCAACCCAAGGCAGGCAGCCUUAAGUCCCUUUUACUUCCCCCCAUCAUGUAAACUAGUCUUAGAGACUUUAGAAUUUGUUUAUCAUAAAAUGUUACUAACCUAUAUGAAUUGUUUUGCUCUGUUAUAUUGACAUUAUUUUUUUGCUGCCCCUGAAGACAGACAUUAAGGGACCCUUGCUAUUUUUUACUUAUUAAGGGCGCCUUUCUAUUUUUUUCGCAACGAACCUGUCCACUAUAAAAAAUAUGUGAAUCAUUGUUUUGGAUGUACUUGUUUUCAUCUGAUAUUUAACACCCCCCCCCCCACCUGUUUCAUCCUGCUUCCUUCUCUUUGGCGCGCCCUUCCCUACUGAUGUAAAUACCUCCGUGAAACCAGUUAAAAUCAUUGUAAUUAUUCUCUACAGACUAUGUGGGAAGAGUGAGAGAAUAUAUUUUUUUAAGAGGCGGAGAGGUGGAAGCCGGGCGAUGUAUGGCAACAUUGUAGUGGCUCCAUUUGAAGGUGUGAGGGAGCCGAUUUAGAUUGGAGGUGCCAAAUACCCUUUUAACCCCUGAAAGAAACAAAUAGGGCCCUAGUCAAUCUGUCUACUCUGCAACAAGUCAGUUGAGAACAUGGAACAUCUGAGUGGAUUGCCAUUUCCUGGUUUGUUGUGACAAAAGUGAAGCAGAACAUAUCGGACCGAGGACGAAGGAACCUGGUAUAAUAACAACAGAUACUGCAAAUCCUUUAUGAAGUCUCCCCCGCUGUGGACUUAUUUAUUGAAGGCAUGUUUGAGGGGGGGCGGGGGGGGGGCUUAAUUAAUACAGGGAAGGGUGGUAUCAAUGCUUCAUAAGUACAGCCGAACCUCCACGUGCGACCACCUUCAAUAAGCGACCACCUUCCCAAAACGUGACAAAUAUUCUCAGUCAAAGCCUUAUACUGGAACCUCUCAUAAACGGCUACCUCCCGUAAGCGACCGCGACCACUUUUUCGACAGACAGUUUUAGAAUUGUAUAUUAUUUUCAAUCUCCGGAAAGCGACCACCUGACACAUGGUCUUACUAAAUAGUGAAGUACAUUGUAAAAAUGGACAAAAAUGAAUUUAUUCUUUGGCUCUCAUUAUUGCCACAUCUAUUACAGGGUGUUAUUUUUUCGAUCUAUAACUACAAUAUUAACCAUUACCCUUGAGAAAGAGACUCAGAUUUCCAGGUUUCAGUUCAAGAAGUUAACUUUUUGUUCUUUAGACGUUUUAGAGACAUUUCUGUCCAAGACGUCGUACAUGUCAAGCAAAAUUUUUUAACCAAAAAUUUAUCACGCGCGUUAUCUAAUUAUAAGAGCACUUUCGUAAAUGAACUGUCACAUAGAAUAACAAACGAUUUUGUCUAUAAAACUACCAGUAAUUGGCAGGGGAAAGUAAACUUUCAUUAUUUUUUUAGAAUAAGUAUACCAUUCUAUUCUAGUUUGACUUAAAAAUUUCGCCCUUGUAGUCCGACUCUCGUAAGCGACCACCAAGCCUUUGCAUUUUGGGUGGUCGCUUACGGGAGGUUCGACUGUAUUAGAGCACAAAGUGGAAAAGCUCAGGUACACGGCCUGCAGUCAAAGAUGAAAAACAAAUGUAAACUUCCAGCACGUGAAUAAACCAUACUGGAUAAGUCCACAUGCCGCAUGAAGUGUUGCAGUAGUGAUUGAUUAAUACAGUCUGUUCUUUAAGGACGAGGGAGGAGGAGAGGGAGAGUUUAAACAAGAGGGGUUUAAUCACCUUCUCCUGAAAAAAAAAGGCGGGGGGAGGAUGUAAUCGAGAAAGGCGGCUUUGUAGAUUAUUUAAGGUAUUUAACAAAGUUUGAACCAUUAGACAGCAAGUUUUUGUUUAAAUUUUUGCCUGAUGCCGAAAAUCCCUGAGAAGCUAGAGGGUGACCCGAGGGUGACCCCUGAAAUAUCCUUUGUGUAAGAGUGCUUUUAAUGCUCUUGUAGUCUCUAGACUGCUGUCAGCUGACAUCAAGUGAAUAUGUUCAACCAGUAUGUAACUGGAAAGCCAAAGCAAGUUGUGGAACAUUAUCUUCUGAUUGGGAAAGAAGAUGCUUAUCAGAGAGCCAGGUCUGUAUUGCAGGAAAGGUAUGGAAACUGUAAUGUUUUGAUUACAGUAUUUAUUAACUAGUUGGAGAAGUGGCCUAAGAUAGGACCCAGGAUGCCAGUGCCUUUCGGGAGUUCUCAGAUAUGUUAGAUAAGGUCUUGGCAGCCAAGAACAACAUCCUAGGACUUUCUGUACUGGACUAUACAAAGGGGAUUGUAAAGUUAUCAUCCAAAUUACCCUACUACAUUGAUAACAAGUGGAAAGAUGCAAUUAAAUAAUGUAGGCAAACCCAUGGUGAAGCCAGUUACCCUACCUUUCUUAAGUCUGCGGAUUUCCUCAGAGAAGCAGCAGAGAAGGCAAACAUUCCACAGUUAGAAGGCCUCUUCACGUCCACCAGUCCAAGAUUUAACAGAAAACCGAAGCCGAAACCAGAGAACGAGAAGGGAAGGUAAGAGUGGUGUUUGACUGUUCGGCCCAGUUUAACGGAGUCAGCCUCAAUGACUAGUUGCUGACUUUGUGAACGAUCUGUUGGGUAUGUUUGGUUGUUUUCGCAAGGAAGACGUUGUAUUAAUGACGGACAUCAAAAGCAUGCUCCAUCAGUUGGUGGUUGCUGAAGAACACAGAGACCUGUUACGUUUUCUUUGGCGGUUUGAUGGGCAUCCAUCGAAGGAAGUAAUCGAUUAUCGUAUGUAGGUUCACUUGUUUGGUGUCAGCAGUUUCCCACGUUGAGCGAACUUUGGGCUUAGGCGAGCAGUUGACGAUAGUGAGGAAGAUUUCGGUACAGAUGCUGUACCGGAAUUCUACGUAGAUGAUGGACUAAACUCUGUAUCAACGGUACCCGAAUCCAUCCAGUUAAUCAAGGCCAGUCAAGCAAUUUAUAGCAAGGUUGUCUCAGAUUACAUAAAAUAGUCUCCAACAAGAAAGAAGUUCUCGAAGCCUUCCCAGUUGAUGACCACUCAAAGGAAAUUUAAGAACUAAACUUAGCUAGGUGUGAUGUGGUGCGCGGAAAGUGACAGUUUCCGGUUCCGGAUUGAACUUCAUGAUCGCCCUUUAACUCGAAGAGGUGUAUUGUCCACUAUUGGCCCAAUCUUGAUCCUAAUGGGAACCUGGCCCCUGUUACACUCUUCUUCAGCACAUGUACAAAGACAAUUUGGAUAGGGAAAGCCCCGUUCCAGAAUACCUACACCCACAGUGGGAAAAGUGGCGGCGAGAAAUUGUGUAGUUGGAGAAACUGGAGAUUCAGCGAUGUUCAAGCUAGACAACUUUGGCCAGGUGAAAGCAGUGGAGGUCCACUAUUUUCAGACCUCGUCUGGAAUUUAGAUUCAGGUUAUUCCACAUGCGGCUCGUCUCCUUUCAACGUUGCACUGUUUUAA